AUGAAACGGCGAAACCGGAGUAAAAGCGAUGUCCUUGUCACUCAGAGGCGGAGAAACAGGAAAGACGUCGGAGGCAUUCGCAGGCGCUGGCAGAAGAGUGACACUGGAGACAUCCAGAGGCGCAGGCAAUGGAGCGACGUUAGUGGCGGUGGCGUACAGGGACACUGGAACAGACUCGCAAAACAUCGAGAACUCGAGAAAACCAGUUUGCGCCUAUUUCGUUCAAAGUUCCUACUACGUCUUGGAUACUUCAGCGAGGCAGACGUCGGGGUCACCACUCCUCAGAACGAGCACAUCGAGCUCCACCGCAAGCGGCAUGGUUACCGCCUGGACCACCACGAGAGGAAGCGCAAGCGGGAGAGCCGAGAGGCCCACACCAGAUCGCACAAGGCCCGCAAGAUGAUCGGUCUCAAGGCCAAACUCUACCACAAGCAACGGCACGCCGAGAAGAUCCAGAUGAAGAAAACCAUCAAAAUGCACGAGCAAAGGAAGACCAAGCAGAAGGAUGACGAGAAGACCCCCGAGGGUGCCGUCCCCGCCUAUCUGCUGGACCGUGAGGGCCAGACCCGAGCCAAAGUGCUCUCCAACAUGAUCAAGCAGAAGCGCAAGGAGAAGGCGGGCAAGUGGGAGGUGCCGCUGCCCAAGGUGCGAGCCCAGGGCGAAACGGAGGUGCUGAAAGUCAUCAGAACCGGGAAGCGCCAGAAGAAGGCGUGGAAGAGAAUGGUGACCAAAGUGUGUUUCGUUGGCGACGGAUUCACGCGGAAACCCCCGAAAUACGAGCGCUUCAUCAGACCCAUGGGUCUGCGUUUCAAAAAGGCGCACGUGACUCACCCUGAACUGAAGGCCACCUUUUGCCUUCCCAUUCUGGGCGUGAAAAAGAACCCGUCGUCCCCACUUUACACCUCAUUGGGCGUCAUCACCAAGGGAACAGUCGUGGAAGUCAACGUCAGCGAGCUGGGCCUGGUCACGCAGGGAGGCAAAGUCGUGUGGGGUAAAUACGCCCAAGUAACGAACAACCCCGAGAACGACGGCUGCAUUAAUGCGGUCUUGCUGGUUUAA